CAAGAGCCGCGCACAUGCACACAUCACACCGCCGCCGCGACUCGUCAAUGGUGAGCAGCCGCUACAGUAAAGUGGGCUCGCGCGGCUCCCCACCCCCUGCCUCCACACACGGGCGGUAUGGCUUGAAAUGAGACAAGACGGAUUCUUUUGGAGAGGCUGAUGAAGGAUGAAUUAGUGACUGUCCGACUGUCCGUGUGACUCGGCGCGUCUCGCAGCAAAUUGCUGCAAUGCUGUCUUUCCAGGUGUGUGUAUGUGUGCGCGCGCGUGUGUGCAUGGCGUUAUUUCUCUUACGAAUUGGACCGAGCUGGGAAACGAGAGUCUGAUGUCACAUGUGCUUCAUCGGAGGAGACGGGGCAUCUGCAAGCUGGAUUUUGUGGAGGAUGCUGCGGCAAGUGAUACACAGAGGGCUCAAGGCUUCCUUCUACUGGUUAGGCUUAUUCGUUAGCAGACACCCCGUUUUCUUUCUCACCGUGCCCGCGGUUCUCACCAUCAUUUUCGGAUCUACGGUGCUGAGCCGAUUCAAGCCGGAGACGGACCUCGAGUUGCUGGUGGCCCCGACGCACAGUCUGGCAAAGAUUGAACGAAGUCUGGCCAACAGCCUGUUUCACAUCGACCAGUCCAAGCAUAAACUGUACUCGGAUUUGCACACGCCGGGCAGAUAUGGCAGGCUGAUCCUGCUGGCCAAGUCCGGGGGGAACAUCCUGGAGGUGGCCGAUCAGGUGUUGCAAGUUCACAAGCAGGUGUUGGAUUUGCGGGUCAAUUACAAAGGAUUCAACUACACGUUCGCGCACCUCUGCGUGUUAAGCCACAGAGACAAGCGCUGCCUGCUGGAUGAUAUCAUCACCAUCUUCGAAGACAUCAGACAGGCGGUGCUUUCCAACAGUACUUUCCACAAGGUGCCCGUCAGCUACCCCAACACGACGUUAAAGGAUGGUCGAGUGUCCUUCAUCGGUCAUCAGCUGGGAGGCGUAUCCUUCUCACCAAACAGUCGGGACCAGCAGGUUAAGUUUGCCCGUGCAGUCCAGAUCACCUACUACCUCCGCAACAACGGACCUGUGGUGCAGGAUGCCAUCGCAGAGCGCUGGGAAAAUGAAUUCUGCGCCCUGGUUAGUCGGAUAUCUACUGUGGAAGCACCUCAUGGACCGGACCAGCUCCACAUCCACUCUCUCACCUCCUUCAGUUUGUGGAGAGACUUCCAUCAGACAGGAGUGCUAGCCAAGGGGGAAGUGCUGGUUAGCCUGGUACUGGUGCUUCUGGCUGCCACCAUUUCCAGCUCCAUGCGGGACUGUUUGAGGGGGAAACCCUUCUUAGGCCUGCUAGGAGUGUUGACCAUUUGCAUUGCCAACGUGACAGCCGCAGGAAUCUUUUUCAUAUCAGAUGGGAAAUUCAAUUCAACACUCCUGGGGAUUCCAUUCUUUGCCAUGGGCCAUGGAACCAAAGGAGUCUUCGAGCUGCUGGCAGGCUGGAGGAGAACAAGGGAAAACCUGCCUUUUAAGGAGCGUGUGGCUGAUGCAUUUGCUGAUGUGAUGGUGUGCUACACAAUGACCAGCUCACUCUACAUCAUCACAUUUGGCAUGGGAGCAAGCCCUUUUACCAAUAUUGAGUCCGUGAAGAUUUUCUGUCAGAGCAUGUGUGUUGCCAUCCUGGUCAACUACUUCUACGUUUUCUCAUUCUAUGGCUCCUGUUUGGUAUUCGCUGGACAACUGGAGCAGAACCGCUAUCACAGUGUAUUCUGUUGUAAAAUACCCUCAGUAGAGUACUUGGAACGCCAGCCCACUUGGUUUAAAACCAUGAUGAGUGAUGGCCAUGACCUUUCUACGCACCAUGACAGCGUUCCUUACCAGAAUCACUUUAUUCAGCACUUCCUGCGUGAACACUACACAGAGUGGAUUACUAAUACCUAUGUGAAACCCUUUGUGGUUAUUCUCUAUCUCAUCUAUGCUUCUUUCUCAUUCAUGGGAUGUUUACAAAUCAGUGACGGUUCAAACAUUGUAAACCUUUUGGCAAGUAACUCUCCGAGUGUUUCCUAUGCGAUGACUCAGCAGAAAUAUUUCAGCAACUACAGUCCUGUGAUUGGGUUUUACAUUUAUGAGCCUAUUGAGUAUUGGAACUCUACGGUGCAGGAGCACUUGAAAACCCUCGGUCACGGCUUCAACAAGAUCUCUUGGAUCGACAACUUUUUCCAAUACCUGCGUGUGGUGAACGUGAGCGCAUCGACUAAGAGUGAAUUCAUCAAUAUCCUCAAAGACUCAUUUCUGAGAAGCCCUGAAUACCAGCACUUCACAGAGGACAUCAUAUUUUCCAAGAACCGUGACACCAAUGAGUACGAUAUAAUUGCCUCACGCCUGUAUUUAGUGGCACGGACCACAGAAAAGAAGCGUGAGGAGGUGGUGGAGCUUCUCGAGAAGCUUCGCCCAUUGAUGCUGAUUGACAGUAUCAAAUUCAUUGCCUUCAAUCCCACAUUUGUGUUCAUGGACCGCUACAGUUCCUCUGUCAUCUCUCCAAUCCUGACCUCAGGCUUUAGUGUACUCACGAUCCUUAUCCUUACUUUUUUCCUUGUCAUUAAUCCCUUGGGGAACUUCUGGCUCAUUCUCACAGUUACAUCAGUGGAGCUGGGCGUCUUAGGUUUGAUGACACUUUGGAAUGUCGGUAUGGACAGCAUCUCAAUCCUGUGCCUUAUUUAUACCCUAAACUUCGCCAUGGAUCACUGUGCACCACACUUAUAUACUUUUGUGCUGGCCACUGAGCACACAAGGACACAGUGCAUCAAGUUGGCACUGGAGGAGCACGGUGCGGCCAUCCUGCAGAACACAUCUUGCUUUGUGAUUGGGAUCAUACCUUUAGUGUUUGUGCCUUCCAAUCUGACCUACACACUGUUCAAGUGCUCGCUCCUCACAGCCAGCUGCACCGUGCUUCACUGCUUCGUCAUCCUGCCUGUCUUCCUCACCUUCUUCCCGCCAUCUAAAAAGAGACACAAGAAAAAGAAACGGGCUAAGCGGAAAGAAAGGGAGCGGGAGAGGGAAAGAGAAAGGGAGGAGAUCGAGUGCAUAGACGUUAGAGAGAAUCCCGAUCAUGUGACAAACGUCUAAUUUGUUUGUCAUUUUCGCAGUUAAUUGGAUUACGUAAUGUAACGCGACAACUUUCAAGAUGCAGUGCGGUGAAAAUAUCUAUCACCUGUUUGGUGUGCACUGUUUGCUCCCGGCCAAUAGCAGCUAAGCAGUUCAUAGUAUAGCGCGCUCCCAUUGGACAACCUUUCAGUGCAUAAGUACUGUCAGUGUCUUUCAUUGGUACAAACCACAACAUACUCAUAGUUCUACUAUUAGGUACAGUAUAUGUGAAACUAGGUUAUAAGAGCUGUACGCAAAUUAUAAAUAUAUAUAGUAGAUUACUCUAUUGAAAUAUUUGUAAAUUGAAACUUUAUCUCCAGCAGUCCUUAUCUACAAGAGUAAAGGUUGGUUUAUACCUGACGCAUCCGUGCAGUCCGCACAGCUUCGCGCGGAAAAUGACGUAAUUUCAGUGACCACGCCAUUCCGCGCGGUGCACAAACACGUCAAAUUUCCGCAACGCGUACAUUGCUGAAAUUUUUAAACCCGCGGAGACACCUGGCGUACGAGCUGCUAUUAGCAAAGAUGAGUGGAGGUGGCGGAGGAUUCAUCAACUGCAAUGGAAAAACAUGGCAGACGAACUAGUAGUUGCAGAAGUUCACAAGUACAGUGGUACCUCGACAUAUGAUCACAUCGACAUAAGAUCCUUUCGACAUCCGACGUAAAAUUUGAAUCGUUAUUUGUCUCGACAUGACAUGCUCGAAAAACGACAAUGUACAGUAUGUCCGUGUCGCAAUUUCAUUGUUUUCGUGCAAGACGGACGAACGGCAGAUUUUCUUGUGAGAGAAAUCAACAUGGGUCCUAAGAAGGUUAGUGCAGGUAGUGAAAAAAGGAAAAGGGUGACGCUUACCUUUGAAAUUAAGAUGGAAAUGAUCGAAAAAUAUGAGCGUGCUGUGCGCAUCAGUGAACUGGCUCGACAAUAAAGCCGGAAUAUGUCUACAAUCUCGACGUUCCUCCUCAAACCUCCGUUCGCCAGUCUUUAUAAGUUAAGGUGACAAAUAUAAUUAUUGUAAGAUCGGCAAAGAAAUCGCCAGCUUCGUCAGGUUUUCAAUCAUUUAUUUUAGAAAUUUUGCAACAAAACAUGGCUACUGUCCGCCUCAGCCGACGGCAACAACAUGAAAAGAGAAAGUAAAAACUCUUCCACAACUCUCUCACUCUGUCAUCAGUGACACGGAGCAUUCAGGAACAGCAUGCAAAACACAACCGCCACAUUAGAACCCGAUUCGUUACAUAAUUUUUGUUAUUGUUUCGAAUUGUAUUUAUAAUUUAUUUGUUAUGUGUAAUUGCUAUUUGUAAUUGCACCAAGGAUUUAGUGUAGGUCGUUGGGCUGUGGAACUAAUUAAUCAUAUUAUAAUGUGUUCUUAUGGGAAAAUCCCGCUCGACACACAAACAUUUAACAACUUACAAACCAAGUCCUGAAACGAAUUAAAUUCAUAUGUAGAGGUACUACUGUACAAACAUUUGGAUCAUUCGGCCAAUAAAGACCACUGGAACAAAAAACUUUGAUGAGCACCUUAAGCUUAUCCAUUGCAGAGAAAUGGAUUCUCUACUCCCUUUCUCUCUAGUAUGAAACACUUACUGUAUGCUGUAGACACUUUUUGGUGCCCCCUGAGUCUGGGAGAAUAUUGGUUUCACCACUUGGGCCAACUGCACAGAGUAUACAUUGUGAAAAACGUAAGCCGGAAGAACUCCAUGCAUCUUAUUUCCUUGCGGAAUGUUCAACAGGUCAGGUAUAAACCAGGCUUAAGGCGCAAAGCAGUCUGCUCAGCCAAGAAAGCGCAAACAGGCUAGUGGAAAUGUCAUCAUUAAGAAACUACCAAUAAAUCAGGGGCGGUUCAAAUAUUUAAGAUCGUGUUCUCAUGUUUCACAUCAGGUGAAGAUUUGUUUGUGGCUGUCAAGUCAUGGCUUGCACUGAAGAGUUUGGGCUACUAACAGCGGUCUCCAUAUGCUAAUCAAACAAAGCUUCAUAUCAUACAAUAGCUAGACUUUACCAGAAAAACAUUUUUAUUUAUUUUAAUUUACCUUUUUUGAAAAUUAGUAGGCGUGUCUAAAAAAAAAUCAGGAUUUUGAUGUUCUUUUAAAUCCCCAAAAUGUUUUUACUAAGUACACUUUCGUGGUGAUUUAUGAAGAAUACGUCUGAGGCAAACAUAUCAAAAAGCAAAAAAGAUCAUAAAUGUGUAUGCUUCUCUUCUCCACACUGUGAUGCUUACAGCUUCCAUAGGCAGAGUCUGGGUUUGUACCGAAUAUAAUGCAAAAUGUAAAAGACCAUGGUUCUUAAAGUGCAAAAUGGUAAAAACAAAAAUUCUAGCUUCAUUUUGAAGGGGGAAUAGUGGUUCACAACUUCACAUGAAUAAUUUUUGCAGCUAUCGCAAUGUUGUCCGGCUGUCACUGUCAGGCCAUAUUCAAGUCAAACAAUUGUGGAAUUCCAGUCGCAGGAUCUUUAUUGACAUAUUUUUGGCACCUCAGUGAAAUUGGCCCCCCAUCAGAAGCAAAUUUAUAGAAAAAUUAUGUCAUCUGUUUGCGCUGAAAAUUUUUUUCGUUUGUGUUACUAUCAUUUUUUUAGAUAUCAACCAGGGGUUGGUAGAGUACCAAAAAGUUUUACUCAAGUAGGAGUAACAUUACUUCAAAAUAAUUUUAAUCAGUAAGUAAGUAAAAAAGUAUCCAGUGGAAAGAAAACUCAACUACUGAGUAACAUUGGGAGUAACUGCUUUUUUAUUUAUUUAUUUAUUUUUGUUUAAACAAUGGUAUUUUUUUUCUCAGCACAAACUCAUCUAUAUGAACUGUCCAUAACAACAUUAAGCCAAAGGAAAAAAUAAAUAAAAAUCAUUGAAUUUCGACAGAGAGAAAAAAAAGACAUAUAUGAAGCAUUAUUCGUCCAAACAGCAUGAGUGCCACACCCUCUAGUGGAGAAAAUAGUUGCUAGUUUGAAUAAUUCAUACUGUAGUUCCUUCGUAGUUACUAUUAUGAAAUUAAAAGGAUCAAAUCUCCAGUUUUCCGUGGUCAAUCGGUGCCCAAUAAAUACUGGGAUAGAGUUUUAAAUCCGCGCUUUCGAGUCAUGUUGAGGGCAGCACUCUAUUCAAAGUACUUCAUUUUUUACGGUGCUGUAAGGACGCCACGUGAUUAAACAGGCUGGCGUGAUCAUAGAACGGCAAGCUUGCAUCUGAUUGGUGUAAUCGAGUCAUGUAAUUAUUGUUGCGACAUCUCUUUGGUGAAAUUAGUAGUGCUACUUUUGGCAAUGGCAUCGCUGGCAAAUAUGAAGAAUAAGCUAAAAAAUGUAACGAUUCUUGUGUAGCCAAAAAUAGCGGAGUAAGAGUAGCAUUUUGUCUUCGCAAAUCUACUCAAGUAAAAAUAAAAAGUAUGGCUUAGCAAAACUACUCUUAGAAGUUCAUUUUUCUCAAAAAGUUAAUAUAACGGAGUACAUGUAACACGUUACUGCCCACCUCUGAUAUUAACAAUUCAUUCACAGGUCAAACUGAGGUCCACCAGCUCCCCAUUUUUAUUGAAAAUUGCUAAAAAUUGUGUCAAUAGUUUGUGCUGUGAAUAUUUUCAUUUGUGCUGCUAUCGUUUUCGAGAUAUGGAGAUAUUAAUUUCGAGCGAUGACGUAAUGCAGCCCUCCAUUUAUGGCAAAAUGGACCUGAAGGGGUGCAAUUCGUUUGUGCUACAUUUGCGCUAGUUGCUGGGACACCCCUCUGGUAUUGAUAGAGUUGGUACACUUUUUUAGCCGUAAUGGAGGUGCUGCGAUUGAUGUCAUCACUUGAAAUUAAUAUCUCAAUAUCUAAAAAACGAUACCAGCAAAAACGAAAAGUUUUACAGCACAAACCUAGCUCAAACGAAUGACAUAAUUUUUCUAUAAAUUUGCGUUUGAUGGGGGGACAACUUAGCUUAGGUAUUUUUGGCACAUGCACAGUUGGUUGGGUGGCAAGAGUUAACAAAAAUAAUGCCAGGCAGUGAAGACGCGAUGAUAAGUUAGCAGGUAAAAUUUCUGAUAUGUAAACACGAUCAUGUCUGAAGACAGUAGGAAGUUAAGGAAAAAACCUAAAAUAUUUAUUGCCCUGGUAGCCCUCGUCUUGCUGAAAGUGGAUUGUAUACUACACAAAUUUGAUUUGUUUAGUUAAUUAUUAUUAUUGUUUUUUUUUUUAUCUUCUCUAAAUAAUAAGUAAUCACUAGAAUUUACCAAGCCUCACAAAUCCUGUCAGUAUAAGCAGGAAACCAAGCAUUGGUCAAAGUGUCCAGCGUUCUGUCACAUUCGCAUACUUUGUCAGAGCACCAUAAAUGUACAGUGUCGUUAAUCUUGCUUUAAACCAGUAAUUAGUUACAAUUACAAAUGACUCCUUCCAAGAAGUAAUUGAGUUAGUUACCUAAUUGUAAGAGUAAAUAGUUACUCAGCAAAGUAACUGACGUUACGUUUCAUGUUCUACACGUUAUUACAUUAUACAUUGUAUAACAUCUUUCACAUCAAGGAUAUUUAUAUUAACUGAUUGAAGAAUAAAAACACUAUAUACAGUAUUUUAGAAUAUUUGGUAUUUAUUUGGACCAAAUAUAUUGGUCCGUUAAGAAAACACAAAUGUAAACUGACCAUUAACUAGUGCAAAUCUCUGAAACUGUAUGUUAGCCCUACUGCACAAUGAGCAGAACACUAUCCUUAAAUAUUCCGUAAACUAAUAAUAACUAGAGCUGCAAGCUGGACUGAACAAGCCCUAGAGAUGAGAAAUACAUUCACACACCUAUGUGAAAAAAAUCCUAUUGUGGAGGGUCCUUCAAAAAAGGAGACGCUACUUAGCUGUGCAGCCACACCCUUAUUUUUAAACAAAAUGAACAUUGUAAUUGGGCCGAUUUGACCAAGUGUGCCAAAUUUCAUGGCUCUAUAAGCUGCCUGAGUCCUGUAAAGAGCUACUUCCGUUUAAUGGCGAACAAAGGGUCAUCAUGUGGACAUGGGCCCUAAACAUUGAAAAUAAUUCAAGUACAAAAACCAAUACCCACAAUUGUGAACUUGGGUAAAAGAACAAAUUCCUGCCUUUUAUUUCAUUGAGCGAGAAGUAGUGCCAGUGUUCUAUCGAUUUGGUCUCUCCAUCGAAUUGAUUGAUAGCCACAGCUCUACUGAGCACGCGUAUGGCAACCAACCUCUCAAGGGUUAUCGUAGGUCAAAUGUGCCUUUUGACCACUAAGACUAUUAAAAAUGCUAAUCAUAGUAAAAUAUUAUUUAGAGUAACUUAUAAGCCUGGAAAAAUAUGCUACUUCUAGUAACAGUGUUAUUUAAAGGACUUUAAAAGCCUGUUGAAAUACACUAUACCUAUGGUACUGCAAAAUUGAUAUAGAUGUUAUAUGCCUGAUUAACUGUCCCACGCACCGAUACCCAUAAUCUUAUUAGUGUUUCGACAGUGGAAGUUUCUAAUAAAACGUGUCAAAACUUAAGGUAUAUUUGUUUGAUGGGAUAGCCUGCAUCGAUAGUACCCUGUGAAAAACUGGGAGUUUACUUCGACAAAUCGACAGAACACUGGUACUAAGUAGGGCAUGAACUGCCCACCUCGCCAUCAUCGCAUUUGCAACGGCGUCACCACCCCCUUCCCUCCUCCCCCCUCCUGCCGUGCUCUAUCCGGGAAGGAGGCAGCUAAUGUGUCACAAAAUCAACUGUCGACAGCUCGCUCUUCCUUCAACCAAACUGUAGUAAUGCACCGCUUUACAUCCUCAGUAACGGUAAUGGCGUUGCAAAGAUGGAAAAAGUAAUUAAUUAGAUUACUCAAUACUGAAAAAAAAUAUAUAUAUACCGUUAUACUCCAACACCAUUAUUAACAACACUGUAAACAUAUGAUGAUACUGUACUUUUCACUCAUUAAAUGUUGCUCAAAGUGCUUCAACACAGUGUACUUAAAGUACUGGUUAAGUUAUAGAUCAGCACUAUGAUUGUGCAGUAUAUAUUGGAUUGCAUUUCAUAAAGUUGAGUGGCCGCAACCUAUUUCCGUAUUAAAAUGUGUAUUUAUGGAACAUUUACAGUAUGUUGUCAUAAUGAUUAUGGCGUAUACUUAAUAUAAUGACAGUCCUGAAAUGGUUAUUUAAAAAUGCGACAAUACAGUAAAUAUAUCUUCAAUCUAAUACAAAGAAAGGUUGCGGCCACAGAACUUUAUCAAAUAGUUCAAUGUGGUUACUCCACAAUUACAUCUAGAAAUUAAUAAUUAAGUAUUAUGAAGCGGUUUGUGCAACGUGUAAAAAUCAUAUGGGUGCGCUAAUGUAACAGAACACCUGGUGUAAUCUCCUGAUCGCCUGCAGGUAGUUAGUGGGAAUUGGAAAAAAAAUAAAAUGAAUAAAACUUUUCAUCAUCGCCCACAUUCGACAACACAGCAAAAAUGACAUUAUACAUCCUCCUCGAUUGUGUAAAACAAUCGAAUUACAUGCAAAAUACUGUGAUUCUUGCAACAUGCUACCAUGAUGCAAGGUGACAUUUAAACAAUUACAUCACAAAAGAUCCUCCUAAACUUGGGGCAGACCAAAUAAUCACUUUACCUGCCAAUUAGGAUGCAUGUUAAUUGAUCAAAUGGGUCAUCAAGUAGGCUACACAUAAUGGAGUGGAUUGUCCAAAAUGAAUUAUUACAACAGUUAACAUCACAUUUAAUUUUGUAGCUAGCUCCAGAAAUAGAAGUGCAUGUAUUCCAUUACCUAUUUUAAUGUCACACGUUUUCUCGGCAUGGUUGUUACCUGGUAGGGUUCCACCACAAAUGAAUAUUUUUUUUUUUUUUUUUUAAGACUGAACCUGAGGGCUGUCAAGAUAUUUACACUUGGUCUUAGAGUUAAGGCAAAACAGUCCAAAACACUCCCCUCUUUAAGUAUCAGAACAAUGAGGCCCAGUUCUUUAUUUUGUAGAAGACAAUUUUGUCAUUAAAUAAAGAAUACCGUAAUUUAUGGACUAUAAGCAGCUACUUUUUUCCCUCAUUUUGAAUCCUGCAGCUUAUAGUCCAGUGUGUCUUAUUUGUUGAUUUAUUUGGGUUAAUAGGUAACACUUUGUUUGACAGCGGCCUCAUUAGACUGACAUAGACCGUCAUAAUUAUGACAUGACACUAUCAUCGUUAUUAAUGAAUGCUUAUGACGGUUGUCAUUUAGUGAUGGUCUUAUGAGUCUUAUGACGCCACUGUCAAAUAGUGUUACCAAAUACCAUAACUAGCAAUUAAUGAAACAAAUAGAGCAGUAAUUAAGGAAAUAAUUAGCACAGAACAUUUUUCACAGAACUAUGAUUGUAAUUUACAUCUGUAGCACUGCAAUGCAUGCUAAGAGACAUGAUGGACGACAACCGUGUUGACAGCAGGUGGCAGCAGAGGUUGACUGUCUUCCCCAAGGGAGCAGUGACGGCCAAAUUAAACUUCUUAAAGCAAUGAAGCUUUGCAGCCAAUUGGUUCAAAGCUUCAGUUGGUCUUAUGACAGUCUUAUGAUGCCGCUGUCAAAUAAAGUGUUACCAGUUUAUCUCUUUUGGUGUAAAUAUUCCAUGAUACAAUGAGGAGAGCUGCGGUUUAUAGUCCAGUGUGGCUUAUCUAUGAACAAAUGUCAUUUCCGUUUUAAAUUUGGUGGGUGGAGGCUUAUGGUCAGGUGCGCCUUAUAGUGUGAAAUUUAUGGUAUAUAACUCGAGUUUUUCACUUCAGCUUUUUUUUUUUUUUUUUUUUUUUUAAUAUUUGCAGCUUUUGUUUGAAUGUCCCUUAUUACACGUGAGGGCUCUGUUUUCAUGCCUUUUGUGAGGAGACCUGGUAUUAGUACACUUGCAGACUAUAGGGGACCAAAAUGGGACAGAAUGAAAUAUAUACAGUAAAUACAUCUUUAAAUUACAACGGAGAUUAGGGCCAAAUAAAGGAGAAGAAAAAAAAAGGACUACGAGAUUAAAGUCUUGGGGGUUCUACAAUUAUAAAAAGUAAAAAAAAUAUAUUACAUAGGGUAAACCACUACGCACUUUACGUACAUGUACCUUAGCUGGGAGCUACAACAAAGCAUCAAUAUAAAGCCAUCUAUUGAUUAUAAUUUGAUGUAAAUGAGCCAAAAGAUAAAGGACUUCCUUAUUUAUGAAGCAGAUGUUAAAAUAUAGAUAAUUAUGUAACAAAUAAGGUUCUAAUGUGGCGGUUGUGUUAUGCAUGCUGUUCCUCAGCGCACUGUGUGACUGACAUGAGAGUGAGAGAGGUGCGAAAGAGUUUUUACUUUACUGUUGUUGUUGGCGUCGGCUAUGGCGGACAGUAGCCGUGUUGUUUGCACAAGUUCUGAAAUAAAUGAUUAAAACCCUGAUGAAGCUGGCGAAUUGUUACAACAAUAAUAAUUGUCACCCUAACUUAUGAAGACUGGCGAACGUAUUGUCAAGCAAGUUCACUGACGUGCACAAUGCUCUCAUAUUUUUCUAUCAUUUCCAUCUUAAGUUCAAUGGUAAGUUUCACCUUUUUCAAUUUUUUCACUACGUGCGAUAACCUUGUUGGGACGCAUGUUUAUUUCUCUCGCUAGAAAAUCCGCCGUGCAUCCGUCUUGCGGGAAAACAAUAAAAAAAUUACGACGAUCUCAUAAAUCCUCAUAUUUCAAACAGGUCGUUAUAUGUUGACACAUAUGGCGAGUCAAAUUUCACGGCGGAUGUCGAAAGGAUUCUAUGUCGAUGCAAUCGUAUGUUGAGGUACCACUGCUAUUCUUACAUUGUGUGCACCAUACUGACCCCUACUCUAUGCCUUGUCAGUACAUAUACAGUAUGUCAGCCCAUGGAGAUAUUUAAAAACUAUAGUAUAACAAGGGUGAUAAUAAUAAUCAGAGGUGGGUAGAGUAGCAAAAUAUUAUACACAAGUUGUCAGGUAUGAGACGGGGGAACCAGCUGUGUAUCACAAACACAGUCUUUUAUUAAGGUUGGUAGGCAAUGGACACAAACAGGAACUGGAGGAAUGGCGUGGUCGAGUAAAGCCGGUCAGGCUGAGCAGGAUGAUCAGGUUCGAGAAUUGGCGUCGUAGGUACAAGCUGGUCAGUUGGUCAAGGAUGGUCAACAAGCCGGAGUGUGCUGUAUGACACACGGAUCCACGGAUAGAAAGACAUGUAGUUCUUAAAAGAUAAAUGUUAGUACAAGUUAUAAUAAUUUGAUAUUAAAACCCCUCUUAAUGUUUUCGUUUCAAUAAUAUUUAUAAAAUUAUUUAAGCUAGUAGGUCUCCAUUGUUGUUGACGUUGCUGGGCGGUGACGUCACAGGGCCACGCUGCCGUACUUCACAGUGUCACUCUAAAAAAAAAAAAAGUCCCUCUUUAAUUAUGUAAGAAUUAUGUAAGGUAGUGAUUUUAAUACGCCACAAUGUGACAGUGGCGAGUUUAAAUUAAUUAGGGAACAAGCCAAUGAGUGCGUUUUGUCCCUUGACUGACGCCGUAGUCUUCCUUUAAUGCACAAUGGGGUGUAAGGCAGAAAAAAAGGAGAGUGGACACAGGCGUUCAGAUUCGUAGCUUGGACCGCCCUGUUUAUUGGCAUAAGCUUCAGCAACUCCUUCACAACAAACAUAAGUAUCAUACAGUGAAAAUACAACAAAAAUAAUAUUCAUAUCUCUCAAAAAAUAAUGUUCACAAAAAGAAAAGUGUUUCAAUCUGUAUUAAUGAGGCCCUAUUCACAUACAGUUAAACAAUAAUGCAAAAAGAACUGGCAUUCACAAAUCCACCAUCAAAAUACAUAUGCAUAAUACACAUAAAACUUACGCGGAGUUCGGUCAAACUCUAUUUAAACAGUUUAGCAACUCAUUUAGCUCAACAAAUGCAUUGAAUGGCAAUAUUUAGUCACAAUAUACAAACUAUGAAGCUAGGAGCUAUUAUCAGAAAUCUUGUUAGUUGUGACUGACUCUUCUACGGCGUCAG